AUGAGAUUGUAUAAUUAAUUGAAUAAGGUGGAUAUUGUAAAGUUUAUCGUGUAAAUAUUAUUUGUAUUUAAGGCAGUUAAUAUUUAGACAAAUGAGAAUGUUGCAAUUAAAGCUAUUUCAGUGUAAACAUUUAAGAAUCAUGGAGGAUUGGUUGGGCAAUUACAUGAAACAGAAAUAUAAAAUAUAAAAAUCAUUAAUAUUAACUAUGCUGUUAGAUUGA